UACAAACAUUUUGUAACUAUACGAGUUCUAAUUACAUAUAUAAAUACAAAGCACAUGCUUUAGCUCUCUGUCACACAUACAUCUUCUCCAUCCAUCACACAACAAGUAAGAUAAAAGACCGUUUCACUAAUGUCCAAAGACUGUGAGAAGCACGGCGGAGGAGGAACCGCCAGGAUAAUAUGCAGAGUGAUCAUCGGCUUCAUCAUCAUCGUCUUGAUAACAAUCUUCCUCGUCUGGGUAAUCCUCCAACCAACAAAACCAAGAUUCAUCCUCCAAGACGCCACCGUCUUCGCCUUCAACCUCACGCAACCCAACCUCCUCACCUCAAACUUCCAAGUCACGCUCGUUAUACGAAACCGAAACUCCAAGAUCGGAAUCUACUACGACCGCCUUCACGUCUACGCCACUUACCGGAACCAGCAAAUCACUUACCCUACGGCGAUUCCUCCGACGUACCAAGGCCAUAAAGAAGACAGUGUUUGGUCUCCUCUUAUCUACGGAAACGCCGUCUCCGUUGCUCCUUAUAAUGCCGUCGCUUUGGGAGACGAGCAGAGUCGUGGGUUUGUUGAGUUGGUUAUACGCGCUGAUGGGCGCGUGAGGUGGAAGGUCGGGACUCUUAUUACCGGGAAGUAUCAUCUUCAUGUUCGUUGUCAUGCUUAUAUCAAUCUUGCGGAUAAAUCUAACGGAGUUAUUGUCGGAGAAAAUAUCGUUAAGUACACUGUGGACAAUCAAUGCAGUGUCAACGUUUAGAUGACGGGGAAAAGGGACACAGCUCUGACGCCGUUAAGUUUGUUUUUUUCCUUAUUCACUCGUUUUUCUGCUACUCUUUGCUUCUGUAUCGUUUAAUUUGUCUACUUUUAUCAUCAUCUCGUAAACUAUACACACUCAUGACAUUACAGUGUUGCUAAAUUAUUUAAAAUCAAGUAUAACAACAUUUAUCUGA